AUGACAUCCCUCCGCCCCACCCUCUUCGUCCUCCUCUUCUUCCUCGCCCGCCUGGGUUGCAAGGCUGACCCUUCGGCCUCGCCGCUUACAGGCUCCGACUUCCCUGAGAUGGGCCACCCUUCUCAGACCUCCCCUCCUGCUUCUGAGAAUUCCACUGAAGACCAGCCUAACCCAGAUUCCCCUGCGACUGCUUCUCCUGAGCCCUCCAAAACACCUCAUGCUGUUUCCCCUGAGCCCUCCAGCCCUGACUUCCCCAAGGCUCCCAACCACGACCGCCAAGAAAGCCCACACCCAGAGACUCCUAAAUCUAGCUUACUCAACACCUCAAUAUCAGACCCCCUGGACACCCCCCAGAGUAACCCCUCCAACAUGACACAUCCAGAACCUUCUGAGGUCCCCACACCUGACCCGACUGAUAGUCCACACCCAGAAUCCCCUGAGACCCUCAAACCUAGUCCCUCCAAAACCUCCCACACAGAACUUCCUGAGCCCCCAAACCCUGACCCUACCCAAACUCCACACCAAGAAUCCCCAGAGAUUCCCAAACUUAACUCCAUUGGGGUCUCACAUGCAGAAGUCCCUGAGAUGCCAAAUCCUGACCCCACCAAGAGUCUUCACCCCAAAUCUCCAGAAACCCUAAACCCUGACACCACUGAAACCCCACAUUCUGAAUUCCUGCAGACCCUGCGUCCUAACUCUACUGAAAGCUCCCACCCAGAAUCCCAUGUAACCAGCAACCUCAGCCCCACUGACAUUCCCCAGACAGAGCCCCCCACAACCCACUACCAAGAUGCAACAGAGAACUCCACGACCUCGAGUCCUGAGAUCUCCUCCAGUCUUCAGCCAGAAACGACUACACCUUUCAAGGACAACGCAACAGCCCUAAAUGCGCUGCUGCCCCUGAAUCCCAAAGCAGAAACCUCUGCAGUCACCCAGCCCGACACCCUUAAAUUGCCCACCUCAGAUUCUCCCGGGACAGUUGAGUGGAAGGCCUCCCAGGACUCUAGCCCUAAAGGGCCUGACGCCCUUCCCUCAGCCCGGAUUGUGGGCCCCCCUGCUCCUCCAGUGUCCCCCAGUCAGUCGGCCCCUGCCACUCCGCGGGCCCCCCAGCGGCGCAGCCGAGGUGAGAGAGUCAACACUAUCAUCGUGGUGGAACGAGUGGAGGAGACCGGCGUGACCCUGGUGGGGCGCCCCCGGGGCGCGGCGGGCGGGGCCCUCUGCCUAUUCCUCGCCGGGACCGGCCUGCUGAUCGGCAUUUUCCUGCUGCUGUGGUGUCUCUACCGCCGGGCGUCUCGACACCGGCCCUUCGCACACCACCGGCUUCCAAACGACGGAGAUGAACCGGUUAUGCAUCUGGAAGCCCCGAAGGACCCCUACGACCUCUACUUUUACGCGCCGGAUGCCUGGGUCCCUUCACACAUCGCCACCAAACAGCCGCCACCCACCCCUCCGCUGCCCCCCAAGCUGCCCCCGCCGCCCCGCGGGAACCGCCCCCAGAGCCUGGAGCCGCUCUCCCCCGCCACGCUCCCCAACAACUUCGUGUGA